UCUCUCUCCAUAAAUAGACGCGCCUUCUUCUUGAAUCUUCUCGCUAAUUGCCGAGAAGAAGUUCUCAAUCUCGAACACCAUCUCUUCCUCUCUGUCUCUCUCUGUUUCUCUCUGCAGUUCGGAGCUUCUCAGACCCCCUCUCCAAUGGCGCGGUACUACGGCAGCAGCAGCUACCGCUUCUACGCGGACCACCUCUCCCUCCCGCCCUUGCACCUCUGCUUCUUCGUCGCCAUCCUCUUCCUCGUGCUGGGCUUCUCGUGGUACAUCAACUACGAGUCGGUGGUCGAGGACAUGAUGACCCAGGUCAAGCUCUUCCUCAUGCUCUGCCCCGUGGUCCUGCUCCUCCUCGUCCACUUCCUCUCCAACGAGGAGGACCGGAACCGGGUGCCCUUCUUCCUGGCCAUGCCGGAGCGGGACUCGCUCCACCGCGCCGGGGGUUCGCCGUGGGGCAUCGCGGCGGUGCUGGUGUUCCUGAUCUUCAUGGUGUCGUACCAGUCCUCGCUGCAAGAGCGCUGGUUCCCUCUCUUGUCUAGGUGAUUAUGAGUCGAGUUGGAGUAUCAUUUCCGAUCGCCUUCGUGUAUUAUGAGCGUAAUUAGCGAGGAGAGACCAGUUACGCGAGUGUAUUUAGCCAUGCUUUCUCGGGUCUGAUGUUCUUCUAAGUCUCUGUAAAUUGUGUUCCAGUUCAGUUUGGGGAGCAUAAUGAUAUACUACGAAGUGUGUCUUCCUGA